AGCAUUCAAAAAAAUUCCUACCGCUUUUGCUAUGUUUUCAUGCUUCCAUGACGUGACCAUUUACUUUUUUGGCAAAACUGGGCACCUAAAUUUCUUAAAAUCCCCCCAUUCCCCACUUAAUUUCUAGGUAUUAGUGCGUGCAUUAAAAAAGAAUGCAGUUACUAGAAAGUAAACCAUCAGUAAUAUCCUCUUCAGCAGAAUAUAUUAGUUUCAGAAGCAGGAUACCUCAAAAAAAAUUUAUUGUUGAUGAAGAUCCUUCUAAAGUAUGGACCAUCUAUGAUGCUGGCCCUCGUAACAUUACCUGCCCAUUAAUUUGCUUACCUCCUGUCAGUGGAACAGCAGAUGUGUUCUUUAAUCAACUUAUAUCAUUGUCUGCUAAAGGAUAUCGUGUAAUUGCGGUGCAGUAUCCUGUGUAUUGGACUAUGAAAGAAUGGAUUACUGGAUUUAGUAGAUUGUUGGAUCAUCUGAGUCUUGACAAAGUUCACUUAUUUGGUGCUUCUCUUGGUGGAUUUUUGGCACAAAAGUUUGCCGAGUCUACUAAUCAUUCCCACACAGUCCAUUCCAUCAUUUUAUGUAACAGUUUCACUGAUACAUCAAUUUUCAAUUUUACAGAUACAGCAGUUUUAUUUUGGAUGUUCCCUGCUGUUGUUUUAAAAAGAAUGGUAAUGGGAAAUUUUGCUAAAGGCUUUGUGGAACCUUGUAUUGCUGAUUCCAUCGAUUUCAUGGUCGAAAGGCUAGACACACUAUCACAGCAGGAAUUAGCCUCUCGCCUGACUCUUACAUGCAUGAACUGCUAUGUUGAGCCACAAAAUUUGAGAGACAUACCUAUGACUAUUGUUGAUGUAUUUGAUGACUCAGCUUUAAGCACUGCAGCCCGUGAAGAACUCUACAAAUGUUAUCCUGAUGCCAAGAGAGCAUACCUUAAAAAAGGUGGAAAUUUUCCUUAUCUGAGCUAUAGUGAAGAAGUAAAUCUUCAUAUACAGAUACAUCUUCGCCCCUUCGAAAAUUCAAGGUUUUCAGCAUGUGAUGGCCCAAGAAUUUUAAGUUGAAUUUUGAUUUCAUGUUGAUAGUUAUAAAUGUGUUUGCCAAUUGUUCCAUAUGUUUCAGAUUGCAAUUACUCAUGUCUCUGUGUAAAUUGCACAUUAACAGACAAUAGGUUUUUGAUUUUACUCAACUGUGAUAAUGAUGAAAUUAAUAUUUUCUAAACUAUCAUACAAAUCUAAUGAAAACAAACUAAUAAGGUUUCAAUCUUUCUAUUUUUAUGCAAAACCUGUGAAAGAAUUUCAUGUCUUGUAUAGUUUUGUAUGUAUAUAAGGUAAUUUACAAUUAAUAUUCUUAUCAAAUAAAUAUUUUUAUGAAAUUUUGUAACAAUUUAAUUUUACAUUUCUUAAAUUAUUAUAG